UACGUUACUCGUCGUUAUCCUCGGCUGCAUUUGGAGUGAAUUAAAGAGACUAAAAGUCUUAAAACGAGUUCAGCUGGACUUUCUCGCAGAUACUGGAGAAGUUUAAACUCAGUAUUAGCUACCGUUAGCUUAGCAUGCGGAAGUUAGCUUGUUCGUUCGAAAUGGAGGGAUUCUGAAAUCGACCACAGCGCUGAAUGGAGGGGAGGACUUUUGUCUGAGUGGCUAUCUGAAGGAAACAGGCGUUUUAUUUUUGUUAUAUCUGAUUCUUUAUCUUCAUUGAAAUGUCUAACGUCCAGUUCCUGAGAGCUUUUGUGAACCAGAGGCUAACACUGGCGGCUGAAGAGAUUUUUGGGCUGUUUGAAAGGACGAUAGCAGAGUACGAGGAGAAACUCCAACGAUCUGAAGAGAACCAACAGAAACUUCUGGACUCUUUCUACAACCCUAAAGUCCUUUUACACAGAGCAGAAGUCCAGGAGCCAGUGGUGCAACAAGAAGAGGCUCCUCAUGAGCAGCAAGAGAGGAGCUCUGGUUUGGACCGGGAGAAUCAAACGGAGGUUUCCAUCAUCAAAAUCGAAGAAGAUGAACUUUGGGUGCAGCCUCAAGGACUGAUGGAGGGGUCCAUAUUCAUGCCUGCUGCUGUGAAGAUUGAAGAAGAAGAGAAACUUCAGUCCUCACAGCUUCAUGAGAACCCAGCAGAAGAGGACAGAGACACUUUCCAGCCUCAAGAAUCCGAUUCUGAUGGGGAGAUCAGAGAAUCUCAGUCUGGUAGUGAGGAAUCAGCCAGUGAUACAGGGAGUGACACUGGAAAUACUUCCGCCAGCUCCUCUGAAGAGGCCACAGACCAAGAGAGACAUCGGCUGUAUCACUGUGGGCAAGAUAAAGGACCAGAACCAGUCGACUGUUCACUUUGCAAGAACAUCGCUGAGCAUCGCAGGACAUCCAACUUAGAGCAGAGACCCUUUAAGUGCUCCAUCUGUAAUCAGACAUUUAAUCAGAUGGCCGCUUUGACCAGGCACGCAAGAGUUCAUACCAGCGACACAUCAUUCAGCUGUGCAUUUUGUGGUCUGAAAUUCGCCCUUCAAAGAACUUUACAACAACAUAUCGCGAUCCACACGGGAGAAAAACCACAUAGUUGUUCAGUUUGCGGUCUAAAAUUUGCCCUUCAUGGAGAGCUCAAACGACACAUGCUUGUCCACCAGGGGGAGAAACCAUUUAGCUGCUCAGUUUGUGGCAACAAGUUUACACUAAAGGGUAGUCUGAAGCGACACAUGGCUACACACUUGGAUGAGAAACCAUUUAGGUGUCAAAUUUGUGGCAACACAUUCACACAGAGCGGGAGUCUAAAACGACACAUGGUUGCCCACAAAGAUGAGAAACCGUAUAGUUGCUCCAUGUGUGAUAAAAGUUUUGCAGAAUCCCACAGUCUGAGAAUGCACAUGGCUGUUCACAGACAGUAGCUCUCCUGUGUUUACCACACGUAGAUGAUGGACAGAUUAUUCCCAGCUGCCCAAGUAUAUCUGCCAACCUUUUAUUUUUUCAUCUGUGUUUAACAAGAGAGACAUCUACUGGUAUGUACCUCAGUGGGUGAAGUAGUUUGAUUUUUAUUUCAGCAUAUAUGUAAACAAGUAAUGACUUAAAGACUGUGUCUCACAUGCCAGGAGCCUAGAUGAUAGAAGUUUCUCCUGUUUUUACCACGAGUCAUGUGCCAGUGUAAAAUUAAUCAACAAAACUAUGAUGGCAAAUGUUGUCAACAGCAUUUUUUCCAUGAGGAAGAGGAGACUAAGACCGACUAAAACCAGAUUUUGAUGAUAAAAACUCUGACAAAAAGUAAGUUGCAUGAUAAUUACAAAACUUCAAAUUAAAUUGGUAUAACAUCAGUCACUGAUUAACCAGGCUGAUGUGUGCUGUCAGGCUUUACCUCAGUACUUGAAUUCGGGUCACAUAAAUGUCAGGAAAUCGGUGUUAAUUUCAUCAACUAAAACUAUAAAAAUAUUCGUCCACAGCCUUUUUUUCAUAACAAAACUAGACUAAGACUAACAAAAAUAGAUCUUGGAUGACUCAAACUGACAAGAACUAAGUACAGUUUUCGUCAAGAUGACUAAAACUAGACUAAAAUGUAAUGUAGUUUUCGUCUGAUAUUCAAAAUCUGUGAUAUUUCUCCACUGUGGGUAAAUCUGUAAUAAAAUGGUGCAUCUAUAGCUUUUCUGCCUCUCAGCUGUAGAAAGCAGGGACCCCAGGUUUGGCAGAGUGCAUAGAGCACA